AUGUAUCACAGCAUCCAGAUGGCCGUGAGCGCCCUAGACGUCUCACAGAGAGCGCGUCAGUUGCGACCUCGCACAACCCGGUCCGGCACGUGCGGUACGAAUCACCACCACGGUGUCGAGUUCCCUCACCGAGCGAGGAGUGGUAUAAGAGAGGGCCAGCAAGACAUGAGAGCGCGGAGCGAGCCCGACCUCUGGCUGUAUAAGAGCUUGGAGAAUAGCAUCUUGAUGAGCGACGCAACAGAACACCACGGCGAGAGGGACGAGAGGCGGGACCAGCCCAAGACGAUGCGCUGGCCCUGCAGCCACCAUUGGGGGAAAUGGGCGUGUAACAGAUGGGUCAAUACGAUGGGAGCCAAGUGUCAGGAAUGCAAGGUACGUCGAUAUGUCCCCUCGUCUUUUCCGCCCAACCGCAAGGACAUGGACAGUACGCCGACGCAUACUCGACUCGCGCAUAUGUACGAUGUGGACGUGCUGGUCGAGGGGUUCCGCAACGCAGGGCUCAACGCGGCGUGCGUCGUCGACAUGAUGAACGACGGUGCGUCGGAGCGAGCUUUACACGACGCCCUCAAGGUGAUUCAGGAGAACGACGUCGCCUGGCAUGACCGCAUGGAGCACAUUGUCCUACUGGGCAUUUUCCGGUGGAAGAGCGCAAAGGCGAAAAAGACAUAG